UGAGCAGCGGAAGCAGAUCAAAUGGUACGUCGCAAUGCUGAACGAAUUCCCUUUCCACCGUUUUAGAGCAGUUUGUUUUCUUCAAGUUGGUGUUUGUUGCCUAGCCCUUUCACCAAGCCAAAAGCUUUUCCUGUCACCCAUGAAAGUGGAAGAUUGGUGCAGCUCGAAGCUAUCGAAAGCUCGCCUGUCCAGCACCGCUCAAACGGGACAGCUCCUGUCCAAGCUGCGCUUUCCUCCCCCACCUGUUUUUGCGCGCCAGCUUACACCGCACGCCACGGCUCUUUAUUUGCCAUCCUUCACCGAGCAAACGGACAAGGCACUUGGUCAUUUUCAUCUCUCAAGUUCGAUCAAGCGCCCAUGAAUCCCACGUGGACCCCCACACUUUCCAUUCUCC